AUUCUGAAGUUUGGCACCACUGAUUAUGACAUGAAAGCAAGAUGGCGAGUUCAUCUCCGUUUGAUGGUUCUCUGUGAUAAUUCACACAUUAGAUGUCAUUUUUCGAACUUAUUUCGUAAUGGUCUGGCAAAUUAAACAUUAGUGAAAAAUUCUUUAAGUAGUGUUAAAGUGUUUAAGAACUGCAAAGUGUUCGUAUUUUAGUUAGAUGUGCAUCUAACCCACCUGAGGAAUGUUGGUUUUUUCAGUGAUUUGUGAUUCGGUCAGGUGUUUUCGUUUUAGUCAAAAUUAAAAUUUUGUUCUUGCGCAGUGAGUGAAGUUACAUAGUUCAGAUGUAUUUGUGCUGUGGGGAUGCUAGAUGUCGGGACUGUUUCCAAUGUUGGGAAACAAAAGCGUGAACUAUUUGUUUUGAUAGGCCGUAAUAGAAUAAAUUGAGAAGGUCGGACGGAGAAAGAGCUCCGGCCGGAGUUAUGGCCUUCAGUGAGAAGGUCGACCCCGAGCUGAUCUUCACGAAACAGGAGAAGAUCGGCAAAGGUUCCUUUGGUGAAGUGUUCAAAGGUGUCGAUAAUAGGACCCAGCAAGUGGUCGCCAUUAAAAUAAUCGAUUUAGAAGAAGCUGAAGAUGAAAUCGAGGACAUCCAGCAGGAGAUCAUGGUGUUGUCACAAUGUGACAGCCCCUACGUCACUAAAUAUUAUGGAUCAUACUUGAAGGGAACAAAACUAUGGAUAAUAAUGGAAUAUUUGGGCGGGGGGUCGGCGCUGGACCUGAUGAAAGCGGGCAGCUUCGAGGAGAUGCACAUAGCAGUGAUACUGCGCGAGGUUCUGCGGGGUCUAGACUACCUGCACUCAGAGAGGAAGCUGCACAGAGACAUCAAGGCCGCUAAUGUUCUGCUCAGCGAGAUGGGCGACGUUAAACUAGCUGACUUUGGUGUCGCGGGCCAACUAACGAACACAACAAGCAAACGUAACACAUUCGUCGGCACACCGUUCUGGAUGGCGCCUGAGGUCAUCAAGCAGUCCUGCUACGAUAGCAAAGCUGACAUCUGGUCUCUCGGCAUUACCGCCAUAGAACUGGCCAAGGGCGAGCCUCCCAACUCAGAGCUACACCCCAUGAGGGUGCUCUUCCUCAUUCCCAAGAACAACCCUCCGCAACUGACGGGCAGCUACUCGAAACCCUUCAAAGAGUUCGUCGAAGCGUGCCUGAAUAAGGACCCAGAAAAUAGGCCAACAGCAAAGGAAUUACUAAAGUUCCAGUUUAUCAGGAAGGCUAAGAAGAAUUCGUAUCUAAUGGAUCUUAUAGAUAGGUAUAAGAAGUGGAAGGCGCAGCGGAGCGAGGAGAGUGAAACCGAGUCGGAGAAUUCAGAUUCUGAGGAGUGUCGGAGCGGUGACAGCGAGGCUGACGAGCCGUGGAUCAUGACCGUCCGCGGCGGAGCGCUGCAGCCGCCCGCAGAACGCGACAACAAGCGGCGCAACAACCAUCUCGACGAUAAUGUGUCCCCUCGCGACGCAGUAACAGUAUCAGGGUCGGGCAAGCAGAACGGAGCGUUGAACCCCCGCAGCUCGUCGCCGACGCCCGAGCCCGCGCCCGCGCCGCCGCCGCAUGCGCCGCACGUGCCGCAUACACCGCCGCACAACAACAAUACUACUGAUAAACAUACUCCGCGGCAGUCGUCGAACGUGCCGCUGAGCGCGGAGCCGCGCGGCAAGGAGCGCGGCGACCGCCCCGACCGCGACCAGCGCAAGCCGCCCGAACACGCGUCCGCCAGGGACACCAACCUGUAUAAUAAAAACGCUACGCCUUUAGACCACAGAGGAACAAAUAGUGAAGAGAACAAAGUGAAGAGGCACCCUUAUCUGCAGCAACUAAUAUAUCCACUACUCAACGAGUUGUCCCGCAAGCACGGCGGCGGCAGCGCGGCGGCCAUGGAGGAGCUGCGCCGCGCCUUCGAGCACGCCGAGCGCGCCGCGCCGCACCUCACGCGCGCCUUCGUGCAGCAGGUGGUGCAAAGGGUGGCAACGCAGUCCCACCAGCCGUCGCCGCCCGCUCACGCGCCGCCGCAGCAGUGGAUGAGGUAGGUUAGUGAGGGACCUAUAAUAGCCGCAGGCUGGCGCCACUCGCCGCCCUCGGGGAUGAGACUUCACCGGUCACGAGAUCAGCACGAACUAUUGACUCCUCACUGUUACCUUCCACUCGCAACUGUCGGCUAGUUGACGCCAUCGAUCAAUACACAUUUACUUUACAAACCAACUGCCACUUUAACAUUAUUUUCCAAAGUAAAUCGGGUCUAUGAAGUGGCUUUUUAAAACAAGUUGUGCCUUGAAACUUAUUGGUCAUAGGAGUCAACUACCCAAACCUAUUUAUAUUGUUAUCAUUUGCCAGCAAAUCGGGAGUCAACCUCGUCAUCUGAACUCAGCACGAACACCUACUCACAUCAAUUGCCAUUUUAUAAAACGUUCUAUUGUCACCUAUUAAAUCUUCGAUGAUUUAACUCAAUCACUUAAUUGUUGGAUCUAUUUCUAUACAGUAAAUGUUGAAAUACGUUUUAUUCUCAUUUCCUUGGUCUGUGCAUUAUCUAAGUGAGGAAAUAUUUCGACGGUCCACAGUUACAGUUUUUCUCGUGUUAAUAAAGCUGAUAUAUUUAUAAGAUUUUCGUUAUCUCAAGAUUUGACAUUGAGCCGUUGUGUUCUUAUCAAGUCACUGAACGCUAUCUUUUAUAAAAUGUUUUUCAUUUAUAAAUGUUUCCGCAUUGCGAACAUUUUCUGUCCAAUAAGAUUAUAUUUUCCUGCUGUGAUCAUCAUUAUUAUGUAUAUUGUGAACUGAACCCUGUCGAAAAGAUUCUUACUUCCUACCACGAUAUUGACAAGGCAUUCAAGUAUUAAUAAAGCCUUUUGUUCAGCUAAACAAAAUUAUGUUAUUGUAACGACGAUCGACGUGUAGCCGCAACCGAGUCACAAAGUUGCAAUGCCAUAGUGUAAUAAAAUAAUUAAAAACUAUAACGUAAUAAAUACUUAAGAUGGUUAUGUCUUAUAAUAUUUUAUAUUAUGUGCAUUAUUUGUGUAAAUAUCAAUUUAGUUGUCAUGUCAUAACCCUUGGUAAGUAUGUCGUGUUAACCUGUAACAGUGGCUUGAUACUGUAGGUAACUAACUGUAUGGUAACGUAUACGGAUGUGUGUGUGACACACGCGUGUGUGUGUGACGCUUGUUUGUGUUCACUGUCACUUGUUUUAGUAUAAUUUCCCCGCGGCUGUUUGUUGAGUGCUUGGGUUUGUUUACAACGGUAUUGGAUCUUUUUUUAACUUAAAUAUUCGUGGAGAGCUCAUUCGCUACACUUCGCCAAUAUUUUGCCAUAAUUAUUUUUUUCUAAAAUUAUUUUUUACUAACACGAUCGUUUUGUAUAGUGAAGUCUGAUUAGUAUUGUGAUCAGUCGUCUAAAUUCUAACAUAUUUAUAUGCUUUAGAAAUCGAUGUUUGAAAACUUUAGAAAGUGUUAAGUGUCAUUCCAAACAAAAGACAAUAUUGUCAGCAUUUAUAGAUUAUUUGUUUGAAAUAAUUUGCGUUGAUUAUUGUGAAGUUGCAACAUCUGUGAACUGUGUCCGUUUAUGAAAAUUGUUAUAAAUUCCCGUAGUUUAGUUAUUUGAAGCUUAGUUUUAGUUGUGUAUUCGGCUACUUACUAUUUGGAAUUAAUUAGUGACUAAUACAAGUUCUAAAAGAUUAAUAGUCCGAUCACUGUUUCAUAGUUUUGUUCAUAAUUAGGAGAGAAUAAUGGUAGAGUGAUUCGAAGAAGGAUUAAAGUAUUUUGUUAAUAUAAAAUGAUGCUGGCACCAAUGACCAUGCGGUGUCGUUAUAAAUAUAAAAAACAUGCUUAAUAUGCGACAAUAUUUAGCAAUUGGGAGUAUAUAGAGUAUAUUAUAAUGAAAACUACAAACAUUAUUAUUGCUGUGUAAAAAUGUAAACCUAAUAUAAAUGUAAAUUAUGUAGUAUAAUAUAAAGCUGUUUUAUGAAGUGUUCUUAUAAGCAUAUGGAGAGUGGAUAUUGUCUUUCCAAUUUACCUAUGUGGCGCAGGCGAGAGCGCUUCCCGCGUUCUUCAUAACGUCUAGUUUGUAGUGUCACGUACCUUGCUACACCAUGUAGGAAGGAACAUUAUAUUGCCUCUGACGCGUAGUCUGUAAGUGUGGCGGGAAGCGUUCUCGCACUGCGAACUAUUUUGCCUUGAAUUUUUGUUUUGCCAUGUGAAAAUAUCAUGGAAGAUGUUAGUUUGAUUUCGAUGGAAGAUCAAAAAUUAUUUUUCCACUUGAUCGUAUAAAUAAAGCGUGUAGUGUUAGAGGUGGGCGAUAAUUGUUGAUUAUUGAUUAAAAUUAGGUGUUUGUGGCAUUGGAUAGUAGUUGAGACGCGUUGACAUGGUAGUGUGCGCGAGCGGCUGCCGGCGUGACGUCACACCCGCGUGACGUCACCGGCGUGACGUCACACCGCCGCUCGCCGCACUCACUAAUGGAGUGUAGUUAUUGUUAUCUUCGGAUGUUGCAGAAAUGUUUCGGGAUCGCGUCGUUUGGUUCAUGGGUAUUUGUGAUCAUAUUUGCAUAGUUAUUAAAAAAAAUAAAAAAAUCUAUAUUAUUAUAAUAUAAAAGUCUGUAUUGAAACCGACAGUAGUUAUCAGUAGUAGUGUUAUUGCGCGCACCACGUUUGGAUGGCUUGAAUUGAUCGUUCGGAUGCAGCUCCCAAGACGUUUGCCGUUCUGUCGGGUUAUAAAUACCCGUGCAGUCAUAUUUGCGGCUAAUUAAAGGAAUAAGAGUUGCGGGUAGUGCAUAUGCGUGAAGCACGUGUGUGUCAGUGUGACGCGCGCACUAACACGUCAUAAAGGAAUAAACUCACGCCCUCCACUCGUGCACCAAGUACCAGCUAACGGCGCGUACCAUUAGUGUAAUGGUCAAUUAAUGUUACAGCGUCAUCAUUCUAACACGUUUAUGUAGGAAACAAAUUUGACUCUGAAUAAAAGAAGUUAUUUAAUUUUGGAAA